UCCUCCCACAACUUUGCAUUACACUGAAACCAUUUCUCUCUCUCUUUUUCUCUCUCCGACCAUCGAUUAGAAGACGACGAUUGACACACUUCUCCUCCCCUUCUUGUUGCCCAAUUCGAUGCCAUCCGGAGAUCUCGGCUACACAUCCCCACCACCCACCACCACCACCUCCUCCGAAGAAGAGGCUUUGGUGUGGAGGCAAAUCAGAGCGGAGGCUCGACGAGACGCCGACGACGAACCAGCUCUCGCGAGCUACCUCUACUCUACGAUCCUCUCUCACUCCUCUCUCGAGAGAUCUCUAGCCUUCCACCUUGGGAACAAGCUGAGCUCAUCAACGCUCCAGUCAACGCAGCUCUACGAUAUCUUCCUCGACACCUUAUCUAACGACGCGGCUCUCCGGUCCGCCAUCGUGGCCGACCUUCGAGCCGUGAAGUUGCGUGACCCGGCGUGUAUUUCUUUCUCCCACUGCUUGCUUAAUUAUAAGGGGUUUCUUGCUUGUCAGGCACACCGAGUGUCACACAAGCUUUGGACAGAGUCUCGAAGAUCAUUAGCUUUUGCACUCCAAUCCCGAGUCUCAGAUGUGUUUGGCGCUGAUAUUCACCCAGCAGCAAAAAUUGGCAAAGGCAUUCUCUUCGACCAUGCAACUGGAGUGGUUGUGGGUGAGACUGCGGUCAUUGGCGAUAAUGUCUCCAUUCUCCACCAGGUGACAUUAGGUGGUACGGGCAAGGCCGGAGGUGACCGACACCCAAAGAUUGGCGAUGGAGUGCUAAUUGGUGCGGGAGCGACAAUUUUGGGCAAUGUGAAGAUUGGUAAGGGCGCAAAGAUCGGUGCCGGGGCAGUGGUUUUGAUUAAUGUGCCACCAAGGACUACGGCGGUGGGAAAUCCAGCGAGGUUGGUGGGAGGAAGGCCGAAGCUGGUAGAGGUUGAGGACGAACCUGCGGUGUCUAUGGAUCAGAAUUUUCCUGAUUAUGUGAUAUGAUUUGAAUUUGAUUAUUUUGGAAAUUUGGAAUUGUAGAUAUUAUUAUGUAUGCCUGUGAAGGUGGUUGUAAUUAUUUUAAGGCCAUCCUGCUUCUGGUAUGUUGGUACAGACGUAUAUGCUUAGGGAUAGAGGUGCUAUCCACAUGUACCUAUACAUUUAC